AUGGCAAACACUAGAGGAGGCGGCGUUUCUUCAUCAUCCAUAUUAUUUGUGUUACCCCCUAUCCCCAGAAGUAUUAUUAUUGUAUUAUUAUUGUUGUUCCAUGCAUAUGCAUAUGCCUAUGCUGAUGAUGUUCCACUUUUCAUACUUGGGGAUUCGACGGUGGAUGUUGGAACCAAUACACUGUUGCCCAACUGCACCGUCAAAGCUGACUUUCCCAUGAAUGGUAUUGAUUUCCCUCACUCCAAACCCACCGGCAGGUUCAGCAAUGGUUUCAACCUUGCUGAUUUUAUAGCAAGGCAUAUGGGUCAUAAGCGCAGCCCGGAGCCGUUCUUAUAUCUUGAAAGCCGCAAACAUGGUCUGCGAAAGGGAGCCCGUAAAGGCGUCAACUUCGCCUCCUCCGGUUCCGGCCUCCUUGACGUUACUGGUUCCACAUACGGAGUUCUGCCCCUGUCGGAGCAGAUGAAGCAAUUUGUGGCACUUUACGACAAUGUUUCAGCUGUGAGUGGUGAAGCCUGGCUUCAAAAUUUACUUUCCCAAUCAUUCUUCUGCUUCAGCACUGGAAGCAACGACAUCUUUUGGUAUUUCGCAAAUAACUAUACAACUCCAGAGCAUGAAUUCGUUGGCCUAAUGCUCAAAGAAUUUAGAACCGCCAUUGAGACUUUGUACAGUCUUGGUGCACGAAAAUUUGGGAUUGUAGGCGUCUCCCCUGUAGGUUGCUGUCCGGUGAAAAGGCUUUUAAACGACACACUGGGUUGUUUCGCUCCCAUGAACCACUUGGCCAAAACUUUCAAUUCACGAGCGCUGAGUCUCAUGCUCGACCUCAGCUCCGAGCUUGAAGACAUCCAGUACGCAUUUGGGGACGUUUUCCAAAUGACAGUCGACUCUAUGCGCAAUCCCGCUCUCGACAACUUCAAUAACGUGGAGGCAGCAUGCUGCGGACAUGGAGUAUUAAAUGCGGAAGGGCUAUGUAACUCGACGGCAAAUAUAUGUAGUGAUCACAAGGAUCAUGUGUUCUGGGAUUUGUAUCACGCAACGGAGGCUGCAGCUGAGAAAGAAGCACUUAAUCUAUUUUCCGGCCCAAAGGAAUAUGUCAUCCCAAUUAACUUUGCUACCUUGCUGCAGCAGAGCGCACCCCAAGUUAUGGUUAGGACCGAGUGACUACCCACUACUAUACUAUUCUAAUCAAUGCUCUGCUGCCUAGCCUAGCUAAUAUAAACUUGUGUGUAUGCUGUCCACGCUUUAAUUUGCCUUGAUUAUUCAAUGAAGCAUAAGGUAACCUCCAUACUA